AUGGGAUUACAGGCCGAAAGCAAUAGAGAAUCUGACUCUCCAACCGAGACAGUGCAAAAUGCCCCGAGUGCUUUGCCCGUACCGCCAGACGGAGGGUAUGGUUGGGUACAAGUCUUAGUAGCCCAUCUAGAGGUGUUCAAUACAUUUGGAUACAGUUACAGCUUUGGAAUCUUUGAACAAUAUUACCAUCAUGAACUUGGUUUUAGCUUAUCGUCGACAUCUUGGAUAGGAAGCAUUCAUCUCUUUCUUCUCUUUGUCCUUAGCACAGCUUCCGGUCGUCUGUUUGACGCAGGAUACUUUCGUCACCUUCUCGUCGGCGGAUCGUUUCUUCAGGUACUUGGACUAUUCAUGGCAUCGAUAAGCACUGAGUACUGGCAGCUCUUCCUCUCUCAGGGGGUCUGUAGCGGCAUCGGGGCUGGGCUGGCGUAUUGUCCAGUCAUGGCUUGCGUGUCGACGUACUUUACCAAGAGGCGGGCUUUGGCCAUUGCAGUUGUCACAAGCGGUUCUGCUACUGGUGGUAUCAUAUUCCCUAUCAUCGCCCAGCAAAUGCUGUAUAUCCAUGGAUUUCCCUGGACCAUCCGUUGUAUGGCAUUUGUGGUUCUAUUCAACGCCGUUAUAGUGGUAGCCUUAGCCAAAGAGCUCCUCUUACCUCGCAAAAGUGGCCCAUUCUUCGAAUGGGCUGCUUUUAAGGAAGUGCCCUUUGUUCUUUUUAGUUGUGGAUCAUUUCUCAUACUUUGGUCCGUAUUCAUUGGCCCCAACUAUAUCAAUCAUUACGCGGCGUCCGUGAUUGGUAUCAGUAAUGAGACUUCAUUGACAAUGCUGCUUACGCUGAAUGCCCUAAGCUGUCCGGGACGAAUCAUACCCUCCCUUGUGUCAGACGCAUUCUUCGGUCCUUUUCGGACUCUCAUUCCACUCAUGCUUUCGGCGGCUGUGCUUUACAUCGGAUGGUUCGGCGUCAAGGACCUCCCGAGUGUAUUCGUCUUUGCAAGCCUCUUCGGAUUUGUUUGCGGUGGUAUACAGACUGUAGGCAUGGCCGGUCUGCCAAGUCUGACAAACGAUCAUAGUAAGAUGGGCACGCGGAUGGGAAUGAUCCUGACCAUGUGCUCAUUUGCGGCGCUGACAGGUCCGCCCAUUGCAGGCAAGUUGAUUGAGCACGGGGAUGGUAGGUAUAUUUACAUGCAAAUAUGGGGAGCUUGCUCAAUGGCUGUGGGUGCAGCCUUUAUUUUUGGCGCAUACAAAAGUCGACCAAAGGGAGAAAACUAG